UUUUUUUUUUGUAAUCCCAGAUACGGGAUUAAAAAAUUAAAAAAAGGUUUAAUCCCGCAUACCGGAUUAAAAAAUAAAAAUAAUUUUAAUCCAACUACCGGAUUGAAAAAUAAAAAAACAAAAUUAAGCAUAUAAUUAAAAAGUUUAAUAGAAUUUGGUUUAGGAUUAACAUUUUUUUUGAGUUCAUUCAAAUCAAAAAGUAAUAUUUUCAAUUUUAAUAUUUCAAUUUUCAAUCCAAAACAUCUUGGAUUAAAAAAUUAAAGUUUAUUUUUAAUUCCAAAUUUUUUAAUGAAAAUAUUCGCAACCUUAGCGUAUACUGCAUAUAAUAUAUAAAAAAACCAUAUUAUUUUAAAAUGUAUGCCUGCGUUAAAAUAUAUUAAUUUUUUUCAACAGUUUAAUAUUUGUAUAUAAUUUUAUAUAAUUUCUUUUACAGCAUUUAUUUUAAUUUAAAGCUUAUUUUUUUGUUUGUCAAAUUUGGAAUACCUCGUAUAUAUAACACUGGUUAAUCAAGUUUUAACUUUUUUUGUCACCUGAAAACUCAUAUCAAAUUUUGAAUUUAUAAGGUCGACUAAACAAUAAUAUGUGAAUGAAAAAAAAAUUGGUAAGUCUAGUGACAUCAAAAUAUAUAUUUUAUUAAAAAGUAAAAACACAGCUACAUUUAGAAAAAUUAUUUCUUAAUACACAAAAAGUACUUAUGAUUUUCGUGAAUGUGAGGGAAGCUGCCUUUAAAUCUCCAACAAUAACCUGCUAGCAUUCUUGCGCCCAAUUUCGGUUAAAAGCGUUAACUCUAUUAAGGAAAUGUUCUGAUGGAAUCUCUCGCCUUGUUCGUCACCCACAGCACCCAAAUUUACUGGAAAAAAAUCUAGUUGAUCGUCUAAAAUAUGUAUUUUGAAGGGCAUAUUACACCCUAAAGCUUUAUAUUACAUUAGUUGUCUUCGAUUCGCAAAACGUUACUUUAUAGCGAAUCGAACAAACUAUACGAGAUAGGCAGCACUUGUAGUGCAACCCUGCGCUAACAUAUCUUCUGACGCAUGCGUAAUACUGCUAUGAUUAUUUAACUAGUAACUUUGUUGUUGCUUUUACAUGUAAUUUGUUUAACAAGAGAGCAAAAGCAAGCAGAGAAACGGCGAACGGAAGACAGUUAUUGUAAGUUCACUCUUUGUAAUUUUCCGAUUUAUGGUUUCCUAGAAAAAAAAAAAUAUUUCCAGGCGAGUUUUUCUUGAUCAUUUAGUUUUUCUUCAAAGCACUUAUCCUUUAUCAGGGUAGUGUGUUUGAACUUGGUUGUAAUGUCUUUUAUUUGAGUCAAACAACAAUAACAAUCCCUUACUUUAUCCUUUGGUUCGGUGAAAAUCAUUGGUAUAGCAAAUGGCAUUUGUCUGGGCUCUUGUUUAGCCCAACCUAAUUACAGUCUCAUACAUGAUAAACAACAUUUAUGUGGAACCCAGGAUUUAUCCUAACUCCUCACAGGAAAGCGAAAAUAGUCUAAUUAGCACUGUUCAAUUAAUGACGUGAUAUAAUUAAUUCUCCACACACAUAACAAAAACUGUCGCAGUCAUUAGAACACUUUCGGGGCAUGUUUAUGGUGUAACAAACUUAUAUAUGAUGUAAGUUAGUCGAACGCACUUCGUCUAGUCCCUUGAACUGCGGAGCUCCUAUAUAACUAAGAGAAGCUCUAGAUAGUGUUACACAGAGACAUAGGAGGUGUUUCAGCGUCUCUCUCAUGCGCACUUCUCUCCACUUUCUGCAUGUAUCAGCGUUACUUAUGCCUAUUCGGAUCGCAUGUGAUGCCAGUACGUUGUCAACAACCGCUCUGCAGAAGCAUAACCGCGUAAGUAGAAAGCUUGCGUGUUUUCCUUCCGCUCCCUUGCACAUAAUCUUGGCGAUCCUGCAUUUACUUAAAGCAUUCCAUCUGGCCCUGAUCCGCUUGUCAGGUCUUUCGGAAUAUCUUCAUAAUAUAUAAUUAUUAGGUAAAUUCUUAGACCGAAUAAUAUUAUUACCAGUAGUAGCUGUAAAAUAUCUACUUUAAUGUAUCUGUAUUAAUGUAAAUCCAGUAUACGGUCACAUAGGGAAUUUAAGGUCCCCUAAACCUCCUAUUUGCCCAAAUAAAAUAAAUUGUGUUAGAGUAUCACGAAUAUCAUUCGGUAAUAUAGAAUAAAAAAAAUAGAUUUAAAUCGGUAUCGCCUAUGGCACAUUUAUUCAAUGAGUUAUCGCACUUUUACUAGUUUUCAACAUAACCGUUAUAUGAAGAGUGGGUGUGGGGAUUUUAUCCAUCUUCACAGUGUUUGAAGAAGCUCUAAGAAUACUCCAAAGCAAGUUUGGUUGAAUUACCUCAAGCCGUUUCGAAGAUGCAUCAAAUCAUUUAAAGAGCGGAACCAGGCUUUUAAAAAAAUGCUAAGCCACAGAUUUCCUCGCUACCGUGAUCCCUUGUAUUGUACCAAACACGUGUACAAAGUUUCAUAAAUAUAUCUUAAUUUUUACUCAAGUUAUCGUUUACACGGCCGGACAGUGAGACAGUCACUCUUGAAUUCCGAUUCGCAUCUUGUCAUGCUGAUCAUUUAUAUAUAUAGAACUCUAUAUCUAUUUCAAUUAGUUUUAGGUCAUACAAACAACCGUUAGUUGAACAAUACUGUUAUUCUUUCUGUUGCAACAUUUUGCGAGAGUAAGCAAAUAUUUAAAAUAGUUUAUUUACCCGUUUUCUAUUUUCUAUUUAUUUUUUUUUUUUGCUACAAAGUAGUUGUAGUUUUGUUUUAUAUGCUAGUCAACUCCAUUUAGGCAGUGUUGAGAACCGUAAUACCACAAAAAAGUUGAAGUUCAGCCCAAAUUUUUUUGGCGGUUUGAGUUGAUAUUGAUAAUGCCGAAUUUCAUAGCUUCAAUCAAAAUGCAGUUGAGUCGAAAACCCUAAUGGGGGCUUAAAAGAGUAUUUUUAAAAAGUUUUGCUGGUCACUAUAUUAAUUUGAUUAAAUUUUAAAUGCAUUUACUAACUAACCUGCCACAUCUGCCAAAUAUGUUAGUAUGCAAUUGAUAAUCCUCAAUCAACAAUUGUAUAAAAUAUUAGAAAUGCGUAAAAAUUUCCAUAAUACCGCUGAAAUGCCGAAUAGCAAAAGCUAUGACCGAGCUUUAUGCUUAUCUGCACAAUGCGUUGCAGUCCUUCGCCAUGCAUUAUUUAUUUUAUCAAAAUUUAUGAGGCCUAAGAGUUCAAUCGGUUUUUAACUAUGCAUGAUAACUGCAUGGUAUUUUCACCUACGCACACAGACAAACAUUUGUUCGCAUGUAUUUUAAAGCUAUGAGUUGAAAUGCUGCGCUUUUGCCUGAAUUUUUAACAAAUAAAUAUACAUAUUGGUAAAAACUUACCAAAUUAAUAUAUAAACAAAUACUAAUUAUUAAAAUUUGCUUUAUCAUGUUUGCCAAAAACAAAUAUUUUAUAAAUAUUUGUGGUGUGCGUCUUCGCUAAGCUACUAAUUUCCUCAAUCCCUUUUAAACAACUGAACAUUUCUUUAAAUCUUUUUCAUAUCAGAGGCCUUUACAGACUUACUGAGGGAACGCUUGUUGACAGAUGACGAGAGCUUUAAGAUAAAAAGUAGUUUUAGCAUGUUUUUCAUUAGUCGGGCCUUGAACCCUAUAAAGAGCAAAUUGUUCUCGGCUGCAUUUAAUCGAUUUAAUUUCAAUAGUAGUUUUUGUAUUUCGUAUUAAAGCUACAUGCUAUUACUCAGCCUUAGAAUAUUCUGAGAUAUUAUAUUGAGACAAGUUCGUCAUUACUUUACCGUUACUCGUUAACAUUUGCAAAAGCGAUGUUAUUUCAUUUACCUUAUUCAAAACUAUUGUUCGAAUCCAGGAGCAAAUUUAUAGCUCAGUCUACUCUUAUGCCCACAUUAGUAAAUAUCCACUUCGUAUAAAUAUCCGCUGAACUCGUUUCAAAGUUAAACACAAUACAACUAGUUUUCCCAGAACAUUUACAACUUUUAGUACGAUUUCAUCAUUAUCAUCAUUUAACUAGUACGAGUUUAUCAACUUUGCAUUAUGCACAUUAAUAACUAACCAAAAAUACAUAUAUACCUAUAUUGCAAUUAUAUGGCAUCCUUGUGCAUAUAUGUUUGCGAAAAUUUGUUUUUAAUUGUCUGAAACUUUAAGCAAUGCCACUUUUCAGACACACAAACGCAUUCGCUUUUUUUCAAGAGUUUGAUUAUUGAAAUUCUUCUUGAUGUGAGUACACAGUCGCCUUGCCGAUUCUCGUAUCACUUACCAGCCGCACGUACACAUACAAGCAUAUAUAUGUACAUAUGUUGAUGCGUCUACGAUAAUUUACGUAGCUGAGCUAUCCACAAGCUUUAAACGCCGUUUGUUGUUGCCACAGCAGCAGCUAAUAACUUCAGUUGUUUUUGCUGUUUGCGUUUUUCGGUUGUCAUGAAAAUUUGUAUGUAUGUAUGUGUGUGUGUAUCUUGAACUUUUUAAUUGUGCUCGAAAAUUGUUGGCCCCGGCACGCAUUACUCACACAGCUUCCUUGUUUUUGUUUUUUACCUCCCGACAACUCCUUGCCUCACACACGCUCGAUUGCGAGCAGGAAAACCCAGAGUAGAAGUCUACAUUUUGGCGCAAUACAUAUGUGUAUGGGAAUGAAAUUGCUAGGAAAAUGAUGCCAAUGCAUCCCCCCUUAAGUGAAAGUCAUUAAAAUUUUCGUAUUUAUCUAUUUCGUUUUGAAAUUGUAGGAAGGUCUCUACCUGAGCUCAAUUAUUUUUUAGAGUUUUUGGAAACUCGACCGAAAGUAAUUAUACAGAUAAUUUUAUAUAACCUUCAUAGGAAGUUGAAGGCCUCAAUAGUUUUUGUUGGGACAAUAAAGUGCGUUAGUUCCACAUCUAGCUUAAGUCAUCCAUAUAUGCUGUGUUACGUAUAAGCAUCUCAGAGAGCACUUUUAUGCUAUUGAAGAACGGGGAUGCAAAGAAUGAAAAAACGCUUGCUUCUACUGCACCGAAGCUAUGACGCAAAGGGUAUAAAGGGAUCCAUAUCUUGAUUUUGAUCGAUUAGUUUAUGUGCUAUAGUGGUCCAAUCUAAACAAUUUCUUCAGAUAUCGUAGCAUUGAGUUGAGUUCGCAUGGCAACUAUAUGCUAUUGUGAACCGAUCUAAAAAAUUUCUUCCAAAAUUGGUGAAGACAUCUCGUUAACUGAAAAAGUUUUCCACUUGAUUCCGCUCGUUCAGCUUGUAUGACAGCUAAAUGCUAUAGUGUGCAAAAUUUCAGGUCGAUAUCUCAAAAACUGAGAGACUAGUUCGCGUAUAUACAAACUUAAUAUUCCCUGUUUAGGGUAUGUAAAUUGUUUCUAUAAAGAAUAUAAUUUAUUUCAUUAUAUUACUUAACUAUUACCUCAAUAGCCAAGAUUUUCAAAAACUGUUCUCUAUUCUUCGAAAAAAUAGGCCAAAUUGUUUCCAUGAGUACCUCUCUGUAUUCCUAUACUUAGUCCUGCCAUAAAUAAUGUUACAAAAUUUAUAAAACAUAUUAACAAUAUAGUGGAAAGCUAAGGAAAAUCGUAUUGCGGUGUGGAAAAAGCGCAACUAAAAUUAAUGAGCUUCUCAAAAAACUUUAAAUUUCUAAAAUGUUUUUUUACCGCACUCUUCAUCGUUUUUCCCAAACGUCUACAAAUAAGGUUCAACAAAUGCUAGAGGCUUAUUUUGUUGAUAUUAUGCCCUUGAAGUACAAUAAAAUUUUCAGCUGUAUUCAUUGCCUACUUUGUCUGUAACAACAGCUAAGGUUAGACGUGUUUUUGUGAGCUUGGUGAUUUUUGUUUGUUUAAGGACAUGAAUCAUAAAAUUUGUUCGUGAAUUCUUAGCCGAAAACAAAAUUGUAACGAUGCCCAGCGUCCUUAUUUUCCAGACAAGGCUCCGUGUGACUCUUUCCUAUUUCCAAAAAUAAAGAGAACCUUAAAGGGCUGUCGUUUUGCAAGAUUGAUGAAACUCUCUGACGGAACUAAAGAUUAUCCCAAAAAUUUAGUUUAAGCAAUGUUUCGACGAUUCUAAGAAGCGCUGGCAUAAGUGCUUAAUAUCGAAUGACGACUAUUUUGAAGGCGACCAAAUAAAUAUAAACAAACAUUUUUUUCAAAAAAUUAAAAUUCUCGUUAUAUUUUGAACACACCAAAAUAAUGUUUUCUGUAGAUUUCCCAAGAUUUUGUUUAGAUUUAGGCAGAAGUUUGAAAUGAUUUUGGUUCUCAUAAAAACAAUUUAAAUAGAUUCUUCUCACAAAAAAGUCUACGAAAAUUACAAGACUUCAAAUUAUAAUUUAUUUAUACAUUUUUAUUUAUUAUUGAUUAUUUCUUUAUCCACUUUGCUGUUUUAACACUCACCGCUUUGCCAAAAUUCCAAUUAUUUAAAUCAAAACGUCGGGUUUCGUUUUAUUAUACAGAGAUGGUUUUAUUGCAAAUUUUAUUUGGUAUUUAUUUGAGUUUAAAUAGAUAAAAAUAUAGCACAGCAUUAACAGCAUAACGACGACGAUCGAAAAAAUACGACUUGCGGGUUCAAUCGAAAAAAAGGUCCGACUUUUAUUAAUAUUGCUGUUUGGGGGUAUCCAUGUGUGUUGGGUUAUUAAAUGUGGUGUUUUCAUGUGUGUGUUCUAUUGGUGUGGUGUAUUGGAGUGUGUCAGUGUGGUGCCAGUUGUGAAAUAGUGCGUCGUUAUGUUGGCUUCAAGAGGAGGAUUAUCUCAUUUAGCUAAUUAAAGCUUAAUUUUUUUUCACUUUUUUUUACGUUUUUGGCAUUUUUGCUAAAUUCACAUUAAAACAAAACAGUUUUUAAAAAAUUAAUUAUUCACACAAAAAAUCUAACAAAAAUUACGAAACUUCUCAAAUAAACUAAGUAGAACUUUACCGUUAACUCUACAACACUGUUACUGCACACUUUUGAACUUAAUGCACAAGACAAUUUGCACGUAAACAAAAUACAUACAUAUGCACGACUUUACUCAAUACUUAAUGCUAGACUUAUAUGUAUGUAUAUUUACAUGUGUAUGUAUGUGCUUAAGGAAAUUCCAACACAAAAUCAAAGUAACGACUAUUUGUGGAGAAAUAUUUGUUCUUAGCGUAGCUGCUGACCAAUACACCAAAAACUGAUAAUAUUUACUUGCAAACUACUAUAAAUUCUGUAAAACAAAUAUUUAACUAAGGCAAUAAACAAAUAUUUAUAGAAGAGUGUUGGACGGAGCGUUUAGUAAUGGACUUAAGCGAGUAAAAAAGACAAAUAUAUUUCUGUAUGUUUGUUACUGUUUGUGUAUAAAUAUAUUUAAGGAGGUACAUAUGUAUAUUCGUAAUGAACUUUUAUGCAGACAUUUGUUGUAACGGUGUUACAAAUAAUUUAUGAAUUUUUUUUAUAUCCGGGAAAGAAUUUCUCAUCUUAAAAGUAAGCUUAGAUGAGUAUUUAAAAGAAUUUAUAUAGUAAAUAAAAUUUAAUAAUAGUAAAAUUUAAAUAUUUGUCCGAAUCAAAAUUAGCACUUAAUAAAUAACAAAACCAAAAACGGUAAAUAAAUUAAUGAAAAGGUUAAAAAGAGCUUUGGAUCAGCUUACUUUCACUGCAAAGGAUAUUGAGCCCAUUUAGUAAUAUUUAUGAAAUAAACUAAAAUAGUAAUUAAGCAAAAUGAGCGCGUGAAUUUAUUAAAUAAAUAUUAUAUACGAAAUUUCUUUUAGUAGUAAGUUUUUUCUAAAAUUUAAAUUUUUUUUUUAUUUUUUAAAUAUUUUUUCCAAAUCUAAGUAAAUAUCUUUAAAUAACAUGUAACUAAGGAAUAUUAGACUAUUCAGCUAUCGGUCUAUAUAUCAAAGGGCUUAAACGCCAAUAUCGAGCUAUGACUCAAAUAAGUUGCUCUCAUUAAGCCAGUAACUGAAAUAAUUAAUAACCAAUAAUUAGUUUCUCUGUUACUUAAAUAAUUUAUUAUUCUCUUCGAAAAUGUGUAGCCAUAAAAUAUUGAUUAUCACGCACUACUCCAGCUGUUUUCUAAAAAUUCAUUAAAUUUGAGUUAUGUAUUUUUUUUAAAUAACUGUAUUGUUGUUGUUGCAAUGACUAAAAAACACAAUCCCCAAUGAUCGUGUGAAAUGCUUCUAUGAUGACAGUUUUAUUUUUUCAUUUUAUUUCUCGGAAACGGUUCAAACACAUGGCGUUCUACUGUUUUUCCGGGUUUCAGCGUUAAUCGUAACAUCACGAAAAUCCAAAGGAAUUCGGGAAUACGCUGACAUUUUACAAGUUGAGAAUCACUAGAGAAAUAUACAUACAUACAUAUAUCCACGUAUUUACGCACUCAAUUUCAUAUUUGAUGCUUCUCGUCCACCAUUUUAUCAAAAUGAUAUUCUUAAAUUUUUGCGAAGACUACCAACACCGACAUCAAUUUCAUCCAAUUCUGUUCGUGUACAGUACGACAUACAAAAUCAAAUUAGAAGAAUAGAAAGACACUGUAAUCGAGAAUUAUAAAUAGAAGUAGAGAGAUGUUUUUAGUUAUUGUGCUUCAUCUUAAUUGCCGCCUAAAUAUUGUGAUCACGUCCACACUCCGAUGGAUUUAUCCAAUUUCCAAAAUUACACUGCUGAAUACCCUGAAUCUAUACUCAUUUGAGCAACAUGACUUAGGCAAUGUAUUUUAAUUUAUAUUUUUUAAUUAUAAACUUCGUUCUGCAGGUCUUUCCAUCUUAUUUGAUACAGUUAAAUAUUUAAAAUACUGUAAAAUAAUAUUUUUUCCAACAUUCCCAAGCUCAGUUGUCUAGUUUUGGCGUAAUGGGGUUUUGUACAGCAUCUGUUUUGUUCGUCGAAACCCAACUCCGCUUUAGAGAAAUAAUCAUUCGUAGUUUCGAUGAAAAGAUUGUUUUCGAUAAAAGCCUAACCGCAAUGGAUAUAAGCAGACCUUAGUUUUUAUCUAAAAAAAUUUCCAUUCUUCAUUUUGGUAAUAUAAUAACAGCUUUGCUCGAUUUAUGAAACUUACUUAGGGAGAAAUAUUUUAGAAGGAAGCGAACGGCGGAGACGAUAUAAAAUAUAUACACAUACGUAGGUUCCCUUUUAUAUAUCGUGAUUUGGUGUUGCAAUCUGUCUGCUUGUAUAUACGCGUGCUAGUCCUCAGUUUUUGAGAUAUCGAUCUGAAAUUUUGCACCCGUUCUUUUCUAACCAAGAAGCUGCCCAUUUGACGGAACCGCCAAUAUCGGACCACUAUAGCAUAUAGCUGCAAUAUAAACUGAACGCUCAAAAUCAAGUUCUUGUAUGAAGACUUCUUUGUUUGUGAAAGAAACCGCAGGUAUAAUGCGGUGCAACCGAAGUUAACGUUUUUUCUUUAUCUUUUUUUUUUGUUUACUUUAAAAUUUAAUAUAUUUUUUUACCGAUCUUCAUAAAGCUUUCCGACUUUUCGUGUCACAUUUAAGAAUAGCACUUGCAUUUUAUCUGACAUAACCUUAAAAAAUAAAUGAAACCAAAAAAUAAAAAAGAAUAUACAUAUGUAUGUAGCUUGUAAUUUCAUAAAAUUAGUUGAUUAAUGACCAAUAAACUUAUGGUAAAAUGUUUCAGUUUUUGUUAGUAGGUUUGUAAAUCGUAGCAGCAAAUGAAAACGAUGCAAAGUGAAUUGUGAUUAUAAAAACAAGAGAAACUACAACAAAAAACUUAGAAUGAGUAAAAAGUAGUAUUUGUAUUAAAGUAUUAAAUGAUAUAUUAAAUAUACAUACAUAAAUAUUGGAGGGAAAAAAAUUAUUUCCCUAAGGUAAACAAGCGACAACGUUUCGAUUUAAAAUUUACAAAAAACAAAAUGAUGAAAACAAUAUAAAAAUUUUGCGAUAAGGUUUUGCUCUCUUUUUAUAAAAAUAUAACAAACAAAAAAAAACAAAGAAUAUAAACACGUUAUUGUUAAAUAUGAUUAAGUGACUAUUGUGCAUGCUGAAAUGAAAUCCCGUAAGCGCUUGGAAGACAAACAAAUAACAAGAAACUAAAAAAUAGGUCAGUGCAGUAACAUUUGGAAAUGAAAAAAAGUGAAAAAAAUUCAUGAAACUCAUUGGAACGAAAGUUAAAAUAACAAAAAUGAACGGAUAAAUAUUUUACUGGCGAUCUGAGGUCGGGAAGAGAAAGUUGUUGAAUUUUUAAGCGUUAAAGCGGUUUAUUACGAUUUCUGGAAAAACAACGACUUCUAUAGAAAAAAGUUAUAUAGCAACGUUGUAGUUAAUGAAAAGAUCUAUAACUUUUAUACUAACAGCUUUUUCACAUAACCUCAAAAUUUAUGUGAACAAUUCAAUAUCCAAGUUUUUGGGUUUUUUUAUUUUUAACUUGUACAAACAUUUUUUUCUUUCGCGAUGUAUCUUAUCUUAAUUUAUAAAAAAAAUUCCUUUGCAUAUCCCACACAUUUAAAAAAAUUAUAUUUUCUCCUUAUUUUGACCUAAUGUCGAAAGAAACCUUGAUUUAUAAACAAAAGUUCUCAGGUCAAAAUAUCAAUUUUUUUUUUUAAACUUUAUGUUUGUUGAAAUCUCUACUUUCUGAUGGUAUAAAAAUUAUGUACUUACCAAACAUUUCCAAUUUUCUUAGAAAAUACAAAAAAGACCUCACGAAACGAUUCAAACCUGUUUUUUUUACAUCUGCUAAUACGAAAUAAUAGAUAGAUGAAAUAUAAUUUUUUCUAUAGGACUCGUAGUUUUACCGAAAAUCGAAAUAAACCGAUUUGUACACUUAAAAAUAUAAGCACGUCCCUUCGCUUUUCCACUUCCCGAACUCAGAUCGCCCGUAAAUUAUUUUUACUUUCAUUUUUCUUUCGUUUCCAAUAGGUUUCGUUCUAGUAUGAUUUUUUUGCUUUCAAAUAUUAGCUACCCAGAUCUUGAUCGCAAGUAAACACAAAACAUUAAAAAAAAACAAAACAAAAAAUAUAUAUAAUAUGUAUGUAUGUAUGUACUGCAAAGUAAAAUAAAAAAUUAUAUUGUUUACAUAAGCACUGACUUAGGUACAUAUGUAGAUAAUAUGGUAUAUGUAUGUACCCAGGUACGCAAAAAAUAUGGUUUUGCUAAAAAAAGUGGCAACGCUGUAUUGUAAUUAAUUAAUAACGAUGAUCAAAACACAAGAAUUUUGCACAUUGGGCAUUUAGUAAUUUCUGGCAUUUAUAUAAAUCAAAAUGUGUUAGCUAGAAGGCGCAGAUAACGCUUAGCUAAUGUGUUACGUAAUGAAAUAUUGAAAAAAAUACAAUACAAUAUUUAUGUAUGUGAGUUAGAGCGCGUAAGGGAAAGUAUUAAAGUGCAGAAAACGACAAAUAUCAUAAAUAACAUUUAAUUUUGUUAUCCAGCAACAAAAAAAUAAAACGCAAAUAAAGAGAGGUAAAUUAAAUUAAAACAACAUGGAGAAUGUGGGUGCAUUGUCGGAUUAUAUUAUAUAAUACAAAUAGGAAAUUGCUAACUGUGAAAAUAUGUUAAUUAAAUGUCCAUAAAUAAGGAAAAUAGCUAAUAAACGUUAAAAACACAACAAAAAUAAAACAAAAGGAACAAAAGCAAAUUGCGCUGUAUAUUUUUAUUUGAGAGUUAGUGCCGCUAAAAUACAACCCUGCAUACAAUAAAUAAUUAUCAUCACUUCUGAACUGUUCCUGGUUCUAGAAAUCAAAACAUAUUACAGCUGUCAAAUAAGAGAUUUUCAUUGUCCUGUGCACGUCAAAAAUAAUAAGCAACAAUUUUGCAAAUCAAUUCAUUUGUUGUUCUUACAAUUUUCUGAUUAGGUAUCAUUUGACAAAAAGCUAUACAUAGAAAAUAAAAGAAUAAAGAACAAAAAAAUGUCGGUGCGCCACGAUUGGUAUCAGUCCGAAACAAAGGUUGUGGUAACGGUUAUGUUGAAAGAUGCAGUCGGCAAAAGUUAUAAAGUUGAUAUCCAGCCGGAACAUUUAAACAUUACGGCCGAUGGUUAUGUACUUGACCUGCAGCUAUAUCGUCCGGUUGAUGUUAGUAAAUGCUCGCACAAAGCUUAUUCAACCAAAGUGGAAAUAACGUUAGCGAAACAAGUUGGCGAACGAUGGGAUAGCUUAGAAAAGAAGGAACUACCACCACCAACAGCCGCACCACCACCGCUUCACAAAAAGGACUGGGACAGUUUGGCAAAAGAAGUAGAAAAGUCAGAGGAAGAGGACACUAAAAGCGAGGAGGCGUUAAAUCGACUUUUUAAAAAAAUCUAUUCUUCAUCAACUCCAGAGGUACAGAAGGCAAUGAACAAGUCGUUUUCAGAGUCUGGAGGCACUGUGCUAAGUACAAAUUGGCAAGAGGUAUCUAAAGAUAAAGUUGAUAUUAAACCACCAGAAGGUGCGGAAUUCAAAAAGUGGGAUUAGUCGCAUAGCGGAAAAUAUUGCUCGACAAACACAUUGGAUUGGACUUCGCAUCACUUUAAUUUAUCAUUCAUUUAUAACGAAAUUCAUGUAAUAAAAAAUUUUAUAGUUACAACA